UCAGGAAGUUCCUGGACUGGAUUUCAUUUCUCCCAUGAACUCUGUAGGAGGCCUUAGCCAAGCUCCCAUUCGCUGAGCCUCAGUCCUACCCCACCCAUCUGUGAUGCAAGGUUAAUGAAACAGACCUACCUGACAGGGUUGUUGUACAAACUACAAGAAGACAGCAGCAUGUACUGACACUUCCGAGUGUAACGACUUUGGAUGGGAUCUGGACUAAGGGAAGGGCAGACUUCAGCUGGAAGCUAAUGAGUCUCCUGGGGUACAGUUUUCAGGUGAUGACUUCAAGGAGUUCUUCUGUGUGACCAACAACGAAUUAAACUCCUUUCUUCUGAUCUGAUUUCUCAAUCCAGGGUAUACCUCAGCUUGAGAAUCGUAUAGUGCUCUCAGAGAAGAAAGAGCAACCAGUUUCCCCUGUUUUCAAGAGGGGAGCCUCUCUGUUCUGGGGAAAUGGACCUUCCCUGGUGCUGGAUCUGUGUCCCACUGAACUAUCAGACUGGACAUUUCGUUUGGAGGCCGCCUUGUCUGUCUACCUACAACAAGGCAUGAUUAAUCACACCUAUGCCUUAACAGCUCCUGAUCAGUGCCUAUUGAACUUCACUCCCUGUCAUGAAAGCACCCCUUGAUGGACUCUAGCUCAUUGGGAGAAUUGUUAGACCCUUGGAAAUCGACAGCGGUGUGCCUUCAGAACAUGAGGACAAUGCAACAUGGAAAACCAUGCUGAAGACAACAGCUGCUUGGGAAAUAGUUGAAUGUCUGCCUUGCUUCAAAUUCUGACGCCUGUAGGAUGUUCAUGGAAGGCGCGUGAAAGGGAAUUCUCUAGCACUGAGGUAGUGGUGGUGAAUAUCAUCUGCGACCAGGGCCUGAGGGAUGAACAUGAAUGAGGGCAGAGACCACAAUGAUUCCAGCUGCCUUUGCAAUGGCAGACAGUCUCCACUGGGCAGUGGGUUCUUAGCUGGUGACACUGGCUUCCUGAGUGCUGUUUGGGCUUCUGUGCAGACUUCUGCCUCUUGGGAAGGCAUGGGAUGUGUUAAACUCUGCCCUAACCAACUGCUUCAAAUCACUAGGCAUCUGAGAGAGAUUGAUGAGAAGUUCCGGCAUUUCCGGGAACUUUUCCAGAGAGAUGGUGGCACACUUUCAGGCCCUGUUGAGAUUAAAUUGGCUGACUUGCUCCAGGCCAUCUCCUCCUUUCUCAGCAAGUAUCCAGCCUUGAAUGGACAUGCCACCCAGCCAGCCACUGUCUCCCUCAUUAGCUGUGUGAAUGAUCUCAACAGCCAAGUGAAAGGGACUGAAAACAAGAAACGCUACAGUGAGAUUUUCCGGAGUCUGGACGCCCUAGAAAUUUCAAUUGGAAAUGCGGCAGUUGAUAUGUUCAUUGAUGAUGCUAAUGACAAUGGUACUGAAGUCUCAAACCCACAGCCUGAAAAAGUACAGAUGGAUGAAGGUUUCUUUAAAUGUGAAAGAAAUUUGGAGGUGGGAGAAUCAGGGAACAUGUCAGCUGAAGGGGCCGACGAGAUGCUGAUCAAGUGCAGUGGUGGUGUGGAAGCAGCUCUGGGGUAUGCCAAGAUGUGGUGCAGAUACGUCAAGGAGCUGUUGAGCUGGGUAGACAAACGCUUUAGUUAUGAGAUUGAGUUUACAAAGAAUAUCUUGAAGAUAGCUGACGCUACCAGAAGUGCCAUUUACCCACAGACUUGCAUGCCCCUACAGACUCUGUACACCAUGGUCAUGGAGCAUGACAUAAGGGCAGGGAACUUAGCCAUUGAGACGGCUGGAAUUUUGCAUCUGAGAGAAUACUACGAGCCUCUUUGGGCCAAGAAGAACGAAAUUGAGAAAUGGCGGAAGGAAUUCAAAGAUCAGUGGCAGAAGGAACAGAAAAGAAUGAACGAUUCCUUGUCCUCCAUGCGCAAAUCCCGCCUCCAUUACCUCCAGCGCUGUGAGGAUCUGGAGAAAGCCAAAGUGUUAAGUGCCAAGGCAGAAGAAGAAUUCCAGGCCAUAGCCGGCAGCGGCAACAAGCAACUGGAGAAACGGCGGCGUUAUCGAGAUGAGGUGCAAUUAAAGGUUCAGGAAUCGGAAGUCACCUAUAGAAGCUGCGUCUUCGAUGCCAAUCACCGUCGGCAGGAACUAGAGAAAGUCCGGGAGAGAAUCGUCUCCCACAUCCGCAAACUUAUGUACCAAGGAGAUGAGGUGUUGAUGCGGGUCACCUUGAGAAUGUUCAUGUUCCAGCAAGCCCAAGCAGAGCAAAUCCCUGUAGGAUACCAGAACUUGACUGAGUUCUGCAAGCCCUACAAGGUCGGUGAGAAAUACCUGGAGUUCAUUCAGAAUCUACAGAAAAGGGAGCUUCCAAUGGAGGUGUACAAAUUUGAGGAAUUUAUACCAUCAGGGCAGAGGUCACCUCCCAAUACUAGAAGAAAGAAUGCCACAAGCUAUCCUCGUAUCUCAUCAUCUGCUGCUGACCUCAGCAGCUCCUCAGAAGAUGCCUCUGGGAAGCCAUCUUCCUCAAGCAGCGAGCAAAGUGCCAGCAAAUCCUUCUGCAGUGACACAGAGAGCCUGGGAGGGAGUACUGAGUGCCAGUUCUUAGAUUCGCCCACCUCCAGCCCAGGGCACAAGAAGCUGCUGAAAGCUCCAUCCACUGGCACAGUGUCCUCCUCUGAGGACUGUGAAGACAAAGAUUUGAUACAAGCCUAUGACAAUGAUCUCACUGAUGCUGCAUCUGAAAAUGGCUUGUCCCAGUGCCAGUUUAAGAACAUCAACCUGUCAAAUGCUGCUCAGACCCACCGGCUGCGGAGGCUGAGGGGCCCUUCAAAAUGUAGAGAAUGUGAGAACUUCAUGGUCAGUGGCAUAGAAUGUGAAGAGUGCUUCCUGACCUGUCACAAGAAAUGUUUGGAGAGCCUUCUCAUCAACUGUGGUCACCAGAAACUGCCAACACGGAUUCCGCUCUUUGGGAUUGACUUCAUUCAAGUGCCACGGGAUUUCCCAGAGGAGGUGCCAUUCAUUGUGGUGAAGUGUACCUCGGAAAUAGAAAGUCGUGCCCUGGGAGUGCAGGGCAUUUACCGCAUCAGUGGGGCGAAAGCACGCGUGGAGAGGUUGUGCCAGGCCUUUGAGAAUGGCCGGAGGCUGGUGGAGCUCUCAGAUCAUUCACCUCAUGACAUCACUGGAGUCCUUAAACAUUUCCUUAAGGAGCUUUCCAGUCCUGUGCUCCCAUACACUCUCUAUGAUGAUUUCAUGGCCCUUUCAAGGAACUUGCAGAGAACAACAGGGGAUGAUUCUGAGACAUUGGCAGAUCCCAUCAAGAGCACAAAGGAUUUACUGAGCAAACUCGCAGCAACAAAUUACAACACCUUACAGCACCUAAUUGCUCACCUGUACAGAGUGGCUGAGAGAUAUGAGGAGAACAAGAUGUCUCCCAACAACCUGGGGAUCACCUUUGGUCCUACACUAAUCCACCCUCCCUUGGGCAAUGAUGUUUCCAUGUCGUGUCUCGUGGACUCAGGGUACCAAUCCCAGCUGAUUGAGUUUCUCAUCCUCAACUAUGAAAGGAUUUUUGGGAUGGAUGACCUGCCUUCAUCUGGGCUUUGUGAACGUGACAACUCUUUGAAAGAAGCAAAUACCAAUGAAGUUAUUUCAAGCAAUGAAAAAUAUCUUGAUGUGUCUUCUGAGAAACCCUCCUCCAAGCCGUAUCUAGAUGAAGAUGAUAGUGUGGCUGAGGAUUGUUCUUCCACUGAUACCAGGCAGAAGCAGUAUAUGGAGCAAACCCACUGCCCCAUAAGCGGGGACACCGUAGAGCUGAACAGCAGGAAUGGCACCGAACUGAGCAACUCUAUACUUGAACCAAAUGUCAUUAUGAGCCCACAGUGCAGGAGACGCUUUAGUCGAAUGCCUGUGAAACACCCGCGCACUGUCAUCCCAAACGUUUCCAGUCUGCCUCUGCUGGCUGCUGCCUUGUCUAGCUCAGAGUCAGUAAGUGCUCUCCUGGCGCCGGGUACAAGCAGCCGCAGCGCCUCACCAGACACUCGUGGGAAGCGCAAGCACUUUGAGAUCACUCCAGAGACUGCCAGGAUUGUCUCCAAGUUCGAGCCUCAUAACGGAAGCCAAGACUGCUGUCAGGCUGACCUGGAGACCCCACUGGAGGGAAAGCCUGUGGAUGCACUGGGAGGAAGCAAGACUGAGUCUUGAGCCACAAGUUCUUUUCUUUUUAGGAAGCAAAUUGGACAAAAAGACUUGACUCUUAGUUUCGGGAGGCAAUUUGGAAUGGCCAGAUCCAAAUUCUGCAAAAGCAGACAAAGAUGUCAUGUACUUCAUAGUACACUUGAAAACUGGAGCCCUGGGUGUAUCCCACAGAAACACAGGAGGGAUGGUUUCCCCCUCCAGAUUUAAGUGGUACAUAUCUUUGGUUUGCAAUAUCUUUGCAUCCCUCCCCACAAAGGAAGGGAAAAGCCGGGACUGAGCUGCAGGGAUGCUGUAAGCUACACAGCCAUUGAAGCAGACUCUCGAAAUGGGGCUGAUGCUGAGAGUCUGUUUUCAAGGGACUGCUGGGAGGAGCUCAAUACUCUGGGAGUGUUUGGCAAAAUGAGUAUUUGGAAGACAAGGACAGAACCUAGCGGACAGCAUGACACUGCUUGAGGUGCCAGGGCCCCAGGGGUCAGCUGUAAGCACAAUGUGGCUGUUUUUCUGGGGCCAUGUUUGGGAUACAGCACAUUGGGAGGGGGGGUGUUGGGAGUAGGGCAAACUGCUCUGGUAAAAUCCAGGGUGGUUCAGGGGUGUUUUUUUCCAACUGGGCUGAGUGUG